CCCCAAAAUAAAUCAAAUGUUGAUGCAAAAGUCGUACCGUUGCUCUUCAGUACCUCCAUGGGCUCUGUCGUCAUUCUUCUCCCAAGUCUUCUCUUUCUUGCAAUUUGUCUUCGUUUGAAUCAUCAACAUGUUUGGCAUUAAGACACAGAAGCGGACAGAAUCGUACAGUGCGGUGAAGACUGAGGAUAGCGAAGGCUUGCUGGCGAAUAGCGAGACCUCAUCGCUUGAUGGACACCCCACAAAGAUCCCCUGUCGACGCCAACCAUGGAUUGCCACAAGUAUCAUGAUCUUUUGCACGGCAGUGCUCUCUGCGCUGUUCGGUGCCUGGGCCGGACGGAAUGGACUGGAUGCUGAUGCUUUCAGCAUACAGCACAUAUCCGAGUACUCUCCCAUUAUCAAAGAAGCGAACAUGAACUUCGAACGAGUACGCUUCAAUGGAUCCUUCCUCAAGAUCAAUGCUUUUAGACAGGAUGCCGGACCAGAAGUCGAUGCAGCCUGGAAAUCGUUGGGCGCUGACUUCAGCGCCGUCCGCAUACCAGCUUCAGAAGCUGCGCAGUCUAACAUCAAGGCCGACCAGGUGAAGAUAAAGGAGAAGUACGGUGGUGGUUUCCCUGCGAAUGUGGAGGGCCUGCACCACCUGCACUGCUUGAACCUGCUUCGCAAGUCAUUACCCUGGAACAUCGAAUACUACAAGGCAAUGAAGAUGGGACCGUUUGCGAACGACGACCAUGUUCUCAAAGCGCACGUCACACACUGCCUCGACAUCAUCCGCCAGGAAUUGAUGUGCAACAUCGAUAUCGGUGUGUUGGGUCAAGUCUGGUACCAGCCACCCAACUCAGACAUCGAGCCGUUCGUAGACUUCAACACCGUACACACGUGCCGGAACUUCGAGGUCGUCCGCGACUGGGCUGAGAAGCACCAGCUGCCGACUGAGACUCCAGAUGACUUCCUGGAAGGACCGAAAGAAGGAGAUAGGAUAUACCUCGAGGUGCCGUAG